AUGACCAAGAUCCGUGUCUUGCGCUACUUCUCGCUGUGGAAUCAGUCAGUGGCAGCGCUGAUGAGGAUGUUGGAACCGGACGUGUACCACUGCAUGGACUAUCAUGCGGCGCUGGCGCCACUUUAUUUGCAGGAGAAACCAAUCCCCAUGAUCCUGGUCUUGCACAACGCGGACUACAUGGGUGUUAUUGAGACGGACUUCAUCAACGACCGCUUCUGGAAGACGACACCUCCCAUGCGGCGUCUUAGUCUGGUGUUUAACUUGAAGAUCAGGGCCAUCCGGAAAUAUGUGAUGUUCGAGGGGCGCUUCAACAUGCUGAAGGCGGGCAUCGCCUACAUCAAGGAACUGCAAAAUGGCCACGGUGUUUGUGCGGUCUCCGCCAACUACGCAGCAGAUCUCAAGCGUGAACGGAUGCUCUUCAAAGGCCUUCCCAACAUUUUGCCCUUGGACAACGCCACGGAUCCAGCAGAAGAUCAGGGAGCCUCAGGCAUUGAGAAGCUCUGCAAGAUGCGGUUCGAAGCUAAAUCCGCCUUGCAGAAACAUUGCGAAUUGGAUCAGGACCCUGGUGCCAAGAUUUUGAUUUUUAUCGGGCGAUGGGUGAAGCAAAAGGGCGUGGAUCACAUCGCCAUGCUGACGAAGGACAUCCUGAAGAGUCGACGUGAGGUGCAGAUGAUCCUUGCAGGUCCGCCAGAUGACGCAUUUGGCCUCUACGCACAAGAGCUCCUGGCGCCGCUGAUGCCGCUCUUCAAAGGCCGUUUGUUCGUGUGCACCGAAUUCUUCCGGCUGCCCAACGACCUCCGGCGCGGCGCGCAUCUCUGUUUGACGCCUUCGUGCUCCGAACCCUUCGGCUAUGUGGAUGUGGAGUUCGGCCUGCUGGCCGUGCCCUCGGUGGGCUGCGCCAUCGGCGGCCUGGGCAAGAUGCCAGGUGUCUACUUUCGCCAGCAGAACGCUGACUCCCCACAGAUGCUGCUGGAAGCUUUCUAUUGCGCCAUCGACCAUGCCUUGGACCUACCGGAGCCGCAGUAUUGGCAGAUGGCCAAGGCAGCCACAAAGGCGACCUUUCCCUUCAUCAUCUGGCGCGAAAACCUGCUGGAGGCAUAUCAUUUUGCCCUGACGCACUUUAAGGAGAAGGACACAGAUCGCUUGAACCACCUUUGGGCACAAGUCGCAGGUCGUGAAGGAGUCCAGCGUGAGCUGGCCCAUCGCGAGAACAACCGCUUCCGGCGCAUGUCCUCCACAUCCAUCGUGGCUCAGCACAUGCGUGUGCUGGACGUGGAUGAUGAUACGGAGUUUCUGGAACAACAGGUCAGUGAGGAACGAAUCCAUGACAUCAUGAAGGCCUCGAUGUCCAAGGUCUCGUCCAUUCCCAAAGAUGCCGAGACCUUGCAGAGUUGCAUCUGCCAAGCGGAACAGCGCCUGACGGAACGUGCUGCGGUGACACAGUGGCUGAUGAAGCCUUUCUGCCGCGGAAUUUGUCUCCGCAUCCAUGCAGUGAUUGCGCUUUGCUACAUCUUCUCUCCAGUGGGAGAAACGGUACUGAAGAAUUUACAGCUGAAGUCCCAAAGCCUUGGCGUGGAGGAAAGCAUCCAAUGGAGCCUCUUCUACUCGGGCAGUUGUCUUGGAUGCAUGAUGUGGGUUCUCCUCAGUCGCGGGAUGCCGCCGAAUCUCUUAAUGGCCAUGUCUCAGGUGAUGUCGAUGCUGUUCCUAGGGCUUCUACCCAGCAUGCAGGAGACUUUCUUCACCUCUGAUGUUCCUGUCAUGGCCUACCUCUUCAUUUGUGGGGUUCAGAGUGCCUCGCGUUUGCUGUUUAUCAUUUGGAACUUCAAUGAGGACUUCCAGGGCGGCUUCCAGAUUGCAGCGAAGCGAAUUGGCAUGUUGGAGAGUUUCCGGGCAGGCGUUGCAUGGCUCUCCGUGACUUGCAGCUAUCAGGGCUGGGACAUGAUCAACAAACAGGCAGUUCUUUUCAUCUCAUUGGUGACCCUGUUACUUCUCUUCAAGGCGCCGCAUUGUUACUCUGCCUAUGUCUUGCCCAGCUCAAACUUCUUGGAGGCCCUUCCAUCGCAGAAGACCUUCAUCCUUCUGAUGCUUGCAGAGAUGAUGAAUUUCUUGGCGAUCUAUCCCUCCAUGAAUUUCGAGCACUGGUGGACUUUGAACGGUUGGAGCCCCCACGAAAUCGCCGGCUUCGCGCUUUGCGUGGCGCUGUUGAGUCCUUUGGUGGUGUCUGCUGCGUUCUACGCCUUGCAAAGGAGAGCGAUUUGGGGCCCCUGGGUCACACGGGAUUUCACUUGUCUCCUUCCACCUGGAGCAUUGCUGCGCGCCCUGGCUCUCUGUGACCUGGGCUUCUUGAACUACCGAAGUCCCAGCUUCGUUGCGGCCAUCAUUGUUUCAGUGGUGGUGGAUGUGGCCCGCAAUGCCACCGUCUGGUGCUCCAUCCUGGGGAUCCUCGGGAACAAGUGGUACGCGCUCAAGGGCGGCUAUCUUUGCAUGAUGGUCAUCACCUUGAGCUCGGCUCUGUCACCUCUGGUGACAGAUCGCUUGUCACGCCUCAUCACCGGGGUGUCACUGCUGAACUCCUUUGAUACCUUGCAGAUUUCGACUUCUGGAGGAUCCAAGGGACAGGCGCAGCAUGCGCAGCAUGCGCAGCAUGACACCAGCGAUCGCUUGGUCCGUGAUCCCACUGUCUUGUGGCGCCUACGUUUUCCAGCUGCUGGCUCUGUGGGGAAGCACGAGGGAUAG